AAAAAAAAAAGGGUUUUUUGUUGAAACUUAUGAGGACAGAAAAUUUGGCCGCCAACUUAGUAGUAAAUUAGUAGGCAUGAGAAGUCCAUAUCAUAGGAGGCCUCCAACAAUCAUCCAUAUAGUUUCAAUCUUGGCUACUUCAAUUCCUAUGUUACAAACUUACAAUGCGAAUCCCAACAACAAAAUCAAAAUGGCUAACUCUGUUACAAAAUUGCACACCAGAGAAGCCCAACCAGUUCAACCAAAUCAUAUCCCACGCCAUUGUUUCCGGCGUGUUAGCAAACCACCCAUUCAUAUCAAGCCAAAUCCUACUCCACUCACUCCCUCACGGCCUCGACUUUUCCCGCGCUGUUUUCUCUCAAAUCCAAAACCCAAAUGUCUUCGCCUGCAACUUCAUCUUCAAAGCCUACUCCAACAGCCCAACCCCUCGAGAAACCCUCUCGCUGUACAACCUCGUGCGACGUCGUUUCACACACGUCUUGCCGGACAAGUAUUCCUUUCCUUUUCUGUUCAAGGCCUGCGGUCGGGUUCAGCUCACUCGUAAAGGCCAAGAGCUUCACGCUUUGAGUUUCGCUCUCGGGGUUGAUGGGGAUGUUUUCGUUCAAAAUGGGCUUAUUUCUAUGUACUCUGCGUGUGGGGAGCUUCAAUCUGCGUCCAAAGUCUUUGAAUUGAUUCCGGUUUUCGUUCGGGACGUGGUGUCAUGGAACAGCAUUGUUAGUGGGUGUUUACAGAGUCAUCGGAAUUGGAACGCACUCCAGGUGUUUGUGAAAAUGCUCGCGGAUGGUUCUGCCAGGCCUGAUGCGGUGGCUUUCGUCAAUGCUCUGAAUGCUUGUGCAAGGCUUGGUUCUGUUGAUUUGGGGAGGAAGAUUCAUGGGUUGGUGUUGAGAAAUGGAUUUGAUCUGGAUGUGUUCUUGGGUUCGUCUUUGGUUGAUAUGUAUGCAAAGUGCGGUGACAUGGAUGGUGCUCGAAAAGUUUUUGAUAGAAUGGGGAGAAGGAAUGUGGUGUCUUGGACUUGUAUGAUUGCUGGUUAUGUGCAGUCACAUUGGUUCAAGGAAGCGAUUGAGUUGUUCAGGGAGAUGCAGUUGGAUGGAGUUAAAGCAGACUCGGCAUUGGUUGCUUGUGUUGUAUCUGCGUGUGGGAAUGCGGGUGCAUUGGAUCAUGGAAGGUGGGUGCAUAGCUACUGCGAGAGAAGUGGCAUUGAGAUGAACCUCUCGGUGAAGAAUGCUUUGAUCGACAUGUAUUCAAAGUGCGGCGACUUUGAAAAGGCUCUCGAAAUUUUUUGUGACAUGACUAUAAGAGAUGUUGUUACAUGGACUGCCAUGAUUAUUGGUCUUGCUAUGAAUGGGGAAUCUGAUAGAGCACUAGAAAUGUUUUCAGAAAUGGAAGGGACAGGUUAUGUUAGGCCAAAUGAGGUCACAUUCCUGGGGGUAUUGUCUGCGUGCAGUCAUGGAGGGUUUGUAAACAAGGGUUUGGGCUAUUUGGAAGCCAUGUCUGAAACAUAUAAGCUUACUCCUCGUGUUGAUCACUAUGGCUGUGUGAUCGAUCUUCUUGGUCGCGCUAAUCUGUUGAAUGAAGCUGCAAGGUUCAUUAGUGCUAUGCCUAUUCAACCUGACGUGGUUAUAUGGCGGUCUCUGCUUUUUGCUUGUAGGACAUAUCAGAACUUAGAGCUGGCAGAGUUUGUUGCAAGAAAGAUUGAGGAAUUGGAACCAAGAAAGGCCGAGUCGAGUGUUUUGUUAUCCCAUCUAUAUGCUUCAGCAUCAAGGUGGCUUGAUGUGAACAAGACGAGGAAAGGGAUGCCUCUUCAGGGAAUCCAGAAGAAGCCUGGUUGCUCUCUCAUAGAAGUAGAUGGUCUUGUUCAUGAAUUCACUGUUGCUGAUUGUUCGCAUUGUGAAAGAAUCUCUAUAUACGAGACACUUGGAGCAAUUAAUAGAGUUAUACAAUCUGAAAGAUAUUCUUAGAAAAGCUUAGAUUCUGCAGUAAGCUUUGUUGAACUGUGCAGUGAGCAAACUAUUUCCAAACAACGUGAGAGAGAAUUGGAUCAGUUACAUCGGAAUCUUGUUCAUCUCAAACGAAUCAAUAGUUCAAAGCCAAGUCAUUAGAGAAGUGUGGUCAACUGAUAUCCAAUCAUUUUUCCAAACACAUAAGCCAAUGCUUUUCAAAGAGCAGUCAUCAAAGAAGAAACUUUGCGGUGAGUACUAGUCUGCAUCUCCUUCUAUAAAUUCAGAAACUUUGAAGAAACUAAUAACAAAUUCUCAUCAAAAGAAGCUAGCUAAACAGCCAAAGCUAAUGGGACAGCAGGCAUGAACGCCUUAUUCUUCCCCUCGGGCUAAAAUAUCCCAAACUCUAAUUUGAAAAACAACACAAUAAUUAUUAAAGCAAUAGCAAAAUUCAAGAGGCUGUCCACCUCCGUUAUAGCAAAAUUCAUGAGGCUGUCCACCUCCGUUUGCCCAAAACUCCAUGUUCCACUAUCGUCUAUCCCAGAAAAGUAGCAGCGCAGUGUUUGUUCCCAGAAAGGCUGCCAGCAUCUUGCAGAGAGCCUUGUUGGGCUCUCUGGCUCAGCUUCAACUUCCACGUUUGGCGGCAUAGGGUAUUGGCACGAGGGACAAAAGUGAUGCAUCUCAAGCCACAGGCUAAUGCAAUGUCCAUGAUAAAGAUGUGAGCAGGGCAAGCGAGUAAUCAUGGGGUGAUAAUCAUCAGCCUGGCCCUCAACAACACCAUUGGGAUCAAAGGUCUGCUCGCAAACAAGGCAUGACGUCUUUCUAAGAGUAGCUUCCAAACUAUCAAGUCUCAGUUGCUCCAAACCCUCAGUGGAUAUAGUCAGAGGAACAGACUUGAAGCGGAGAAGCACAAACGUCAAAGACACAGUAAUGGGCCUUCCGGGAACGGCCACUUGAAACAGCCGAAAUAUUUUUUCAAAAAUAGGUCCCUGCUCAUAUUCUGCUACACCAAAGCUUGAAAGCUUGUAACCCAGGAUCCCUGCAUUCCAAGGCCUUUUACAUAAUCGCUUGAAAUCAGAGAGAUGGAUUGGAAAAUCUUCAUCAGCUACCAGCUUUGGUUCACCAUAGAUAAUGGUUGUUGGAGUCUCCAUCCAGCAGGCUCCAAUCUCCUCGGAGACUCUGAAUCUGAUUAUCGUGUCCAAGUUGUUAAGCAUUUCAACGCUUCUGGGUUCACCUUCCGCUUGGAACACAUCGUGGCGUAAGAAUCGGGCCUCGUUGGCCAUGACUGAAGAACUGCGCAGUAGUUAUAUAAUAUAGUUAACUAGGCUAAAGGAACUAGGAAAUCGUCUUUCUACAACUUUGUCUGUAAUGGCUGGUUGGUACGUAACUACGUACGAAAGGGUUUCGAGCGAGAGCGUAUGAGAAAGUGCAGGGACUAAGCUUUAUAUAGAGAG